CUCGUACCGAUAUGCAACCAUCGCCUCGAUCCUAUGUAUGUCUGUGGAGAAACUUCUCAGCUUGACUUGUUGGCUCUUGCUAGCUUCAAUUGCGAGCGGAUCUGUGUCAACCCAUUCAUCUUGGGACCACCGUUCUAAGCAAGAUCGCAGAUUAGCCAAAUUUGAGAAAGACGUCAGAGUGCUCCCCAAUUCAAGUUUGAUCCGUCAAACUUGUCUGCCAACCAAUGCCUCCAAUCAGCCAACAAAUUCUAAGGACCCCCCAAACUGCUAACUCCACCUUCUAAAUACAUGGUCAAUUCUAUGGAGGGUUGCAU